AUGGGUAAAAGUGAAUUUACAAACCAGUUAAGAGCAAUGACAUACGCCGAGGUGGAGGGCACACUCUCAGACAAAAAGAUGCAAGUCUUAAGAAUGAGAAACAAUGUCAAAGGAGAGGAGUACAAAAACACUGCCGAGUGGAUCACCACAAAGAAAGACAUUGCAAGAUGUCUUGGUGUCUUAACAGAGAAGAAGAGGCAGGAGAUCAAGGAAGAGUGCGAGAGAGAGAACAAGCCACUUCCAAAGUUCUUCACAAAGAAGCUUCCAAAGGCCCAGAGAGUAAACAUUCCAAAGGAAAUGCUUGAGAGAUACAGACAGAACAGAUAUCCCCUCAGAAGAAAGAUUGUUGUCUUUACUCCAUAAACAAGCCAAUCCUUCCAUUUACGUCAGAGAAUAAACCGUG